AUGGAGACGAUGCAAGAACUAAUCCCCUUCGCCAAGGAGAUGCUAAGCCAAAAGCCGAAAGGCAAAAUGGUGAAGAUCUACUUGUUAGGCAGCGUGCUAGCUUUUUUCGGAGUGGUCAUCGGACUAGUGGAGACUGUCUGCUCUCCGUUUUCGUCCUCAGAGGAAGAAGACAUCAGUCACCUGGAAAAGCAACGGAGUAAAAGGAGACUGGAGAUUGACGAGAUGACCAAGCCUGAGGAAGAGCUGCACGUUUUGGGCAAAGGGAAACAGGCCGAGGUGACUGUGCAGCGGAGCACGGCCAACAGGCUUCACGCGUCAUAG